GAGGCUAGACAGGCAGUAUGGCGGAGGAGGGCAGUGUGUACGAGUUAGAGGGGCUCGAGAAACAAUUACAGACUUUGUUGAGCCGAUACUCGAGCGAAGACUUGAGAGCCGACAGUAAACCUUUCUGUUCUGACUUUCGCAAGCUGGUGGAGGAGCAUGCCUCCCGAUGGCAGGUGCCGCUGCCUCAGCUCAGGAUCCUUGAGAAAUCGCUCUACUACUUCACUCAAGCAGCCACCUUCUUCACGUCAAACUGUGAUCACGUGCUCCACACACUCAGUAGUCUGGCCUUGAGUGUUUUUGAGCUGCUGCUGUUCUUUGACCAGAAGGACUUCCAUGAGGAGGUGCUGAAAAAGUUCACUGUUACAUUCCAGGAAUGUCAUUUGGCCCUAGCGAGGCUUCAGAAUGUUCACUUAAUUCAGGUGGAGCGUUUGGUUCAGGGCGGGGGUCCUUGGGCCAGCUCAGUCUUACAGGCAAUUCUCAGCGAGUCCAGUUUACCUCAGAGUGAAGUGGACGGGUUCAUCAGCUCCGAGCUGCCGGUGUUCUUCGAGCUUCGUGUGCGCUACCUCUUAUCCUGUGAGCAGCGGGUCCGUGAGGCUGUGGCCCUGGCCAAGUGUUGUUCUCAGCAUCCAGCAGCAGGACAGCACUCGUUCUUCCUCCAGGUCUACCUCACGUGGCUUCUCAAAACUUCACAGCAUGAACGCCUGCACAGAGAGGUGGCUGACCUCAGCAGCAAAGAUGCAAUUCACAUCAUCUGUAAUUUAGAGUGUGAGGAGAAGGAUGAGUUGCUUUUAGCUCUCUGCAGAGCUUUCCUCUCCCAGCAGCUCCGCAGGGGAGACAUGUAUUAUCUAUGUGAUCUGGUCUUGGUGUGGAGUAAACUUCACAGUCGAUUGAAAACAUCUAAACAAGCGCUUCUUGAGGAGAGUCAUCAGCUGAUGCUGUUUGCUACCAACGUCAACUCAAUCUUCCCGUUCAUCAGAGCCAUAAUGCAAGAACUUGGUGAAGACGGUAUCCAGUUCUGCGUGGAGCUUUGUGCAAACGCCCUGAAAUCCUGCCUUCCCUGUGAUGUCAUCACUAAGUCUCUAAUAUACAAAACCAUUGCUGGUCUGCUCCCUAAUGACCUGGAGGUCUGCAGGGCGUGCGCUCUUCUUGUCUUCUUCCUGGAACGCUCAGUUGAGGCUUACAAGAUGGUCUACCUUCUUUACAUGCAUCCUGAUCAGGAGUACCACGUGGACUCCAGCCCCAUCAGAAACCACGUUCGCUUCGAAACCCUGCAGGUUUUGAAGAAGGAUCUGUAUUUUGACCCAGAGUUUUGGAACCUCAUUGCUUUGCGGACCAACUGUUUGAAGCUGAUGAGCGAGAAGGUGGUUAGUGCCGCCCUUGAAGAAAUCAUGGAGGACAAAUGGAUUUUUAAAUACUGCACCAAAGAGUUCCUUUCCCGGUCAAGCACACCGGUGUGUCAGAAAGGGAAGGAAGGGGCACUUGAGGUUGCUUCUUCCAAGAAGCGGCACCUUAAAGAAGAAACAAACAUUGCAGCCAAGAGAUUAAAGAUUGGCCCCGGCAGACCGCGGCUGAACAGUAACCACACAAAGAAGAAGGGCAACCAGGGAUCUCGAAGUUUUAGAGACGACCCGACGAAACCUUUGCGACGUUCAUUUUGGCAGCUAGACAGACUUCACGACAAUGGCGCUUUUGGGAGUGGGGAAUAUCAACGAACCACACGACGGUCAGAAAAGAACCUGCCAAAACGCAGGAUUAGAAAACCUCGGUGGCUUCUGGAGGACUCAGGAGCUCUUGAGGAGAACGAUAGACACUCUAAGAUGAGAAGGCAUGGGUUGAAGCAUCGACAGCACCACCGAUCAGCUGUCAUAAAGCGGACUGAGAGCGCUCAGAUAAAGAACAAUGCUAAACACAAACCUUCAGUAAACUCUGCAUUGGCAAAGGACAACAAAAAUCAGAAAGGAUUAACUGUGGACUCUGUCAAAACAGCCAAUCCUCCACAAGUCAUUCUGGAGCUCUCCUUACCCGACAACGAACUGAUGGGUACUUUCAAUGACGACACUUCUAACAGACAGAGGGGCCUUCCUCAAGUGCUUCUUUACAAACGAACAGUUAAGCAUCCUGACUCGCCACAACCUGCAAAGACCUGGCUUGGAAAAGAGGUGAUUCUAAGAGCACGAGAUCCUGAGAUGUUCAUACAACUGCUGCACUGUUAUACUCGGCGCCUGAAAGGAAAAGGCAAUGGGGUGAAUGUGCAAAGCUCAGUGUCAACAAUCACCCGCUCUUCGGCAGCUCAAGGAAGCCCUCCUAAAGAACCACUAAAGAAGAAACUUCUUCCUGAGAGGAAAGGCGGAAUCACCACACGUACGAAACUUAAAGAAAGUUUGGAAAAAGUUUCUCCACCUCAGACCACAAAAGCAGUGUUACGAAAGGCUCCAGCAGCCAGGGAGCUGUCUGGAAAGUCUGAUGUUGGGAUGAAAGAUACAAAUGCAUCACAUACGUCAGCCGAAUGUGAAGUAAAACAAGCUCCAAAGUUAGAUAAAGUCAUGCAAGGUAAAGCUAUAACUUCCAGAAGCGAGCUCUGUGAAGGGUCUGCUGUUGAAAUGAAAGUGACAAUUGCAUCACAGACGCCAACUCCAGCUAAAGUGACUGAAUCCCAAGAGUUAGUUUGCAAAGCUCAUGAGGUAAAAGACACUGUCGAAAGCGCGACUCCUACUGAGGUUUCACAGCUAUUGAGUGUAGACAAAAAUCAGACUGAAGCUGCUGAUCAGACACUUCUGCAAACUGGAGAUGAUACUCUUGGAAAACAGGAACAAAACCUUGCAUCACUCUCACCUCAGGCUGAAAGUGACAAAAAUCCUGUAGCCCAAGAUCUUUCACAUAUGCCUGAGUUGCACACAAAUCUCAGCAAUGGCAUUUCUGACAUGGAUGUCACAGAUAUCCCACCGACACUCACAAAAGAGCUUCCUGUAAACAUCACCAAUCCAACUCAGUCAGCCGAUACUCAAAAUAACACAAAGGUUUCUCCAGAACCAGCAGACCAGGACAGUAUAAAUGAUAUGUCUGCUCUGACAUUAGUGACAGAAAUGGUUACUGAACUUGCACCAGAGACAAUUUCACAUAAUUUGGAGAAUCAAAAGCCCUCAUGUCAAGAGUACACUGCCUCUAAGGAGACCAAAGCAGCAGGCAAAGUGAGAAGUCCUCACAAAGUACAAACUACCUCCAAAGUCCCAGCACCAGAACAUGGGCCAUCCCCAGCUGCUAAAGUCCAAGACAAUAUAGUGCCCACCAUGGAUGAUGAUCCUGAGGACAGUGAACCAGAGAGAGAAAAUGAGGAAUCCAAGUUGGAGUACUGUUGUACAUUUUGCAGUAAAGUCUUUAAGGGAAGUCGCGUUGUUGCCCAUGCUAUGUUCCAUUACCGUAAAGACGAGUGCAUGUUCUGUGGGACCAUUUUUAAGGAUGACCUCCUGGCAAUGAUGCAUUUGUCUGAUCACAUUGAGAAGUUAAAGAGGCUCAAAGAUGCAUCAAGUAACAAAACACGGGUCUCUGUGACCAAAGACAAGUCCACACCGAAGACGUCCUCCAAAGCUAAGCCUGAAAACAUAUCUCCAAGGCAUCUUAGUAGAGGAAGACCGAGUAAAUCAACCAUCCGUCCAACAUCAGCAAGCUCUCCAGAUUCAACUCCAUCUGGAUCGAGGAGGUUAAGAUCCAGCGACAAGGCAGCAGAUUGUCCAACUUUAAAAGAAAAGAAACCAAGUGAGUCAAAGCAGGCUGACAAUGUACCUCUACACAAGAUAAAUGGGCAUAUUGGCGUAAAGAAAAAGAUUGGCAGACCAAGAAAAGUCCCGUUAGACUCUGAGAGAAUGCAAGAAAGACCAAAAGAUGGACCUUUGAGUUUAACGUCGAAGGAGAACAAAGAUGCACAAGUGAAUUCUUCAGCCCCAGAAGACAAAAAGAUAAGUCGCUUGAUUGAAGUAAAAAUGAAGGAAAAGAAAUCCCCCCAGGUCCAGAAACCUGAAAAACAGGCUGUAAAGCCUGUUUCAGAGAAGAACUUGGAGCCACAAGAGAAACUGUGUUGUCCUAUGGAUGGUUGUGCUUGGUUUACCGACCUGUCAAAGAACCGCGUUGGGCUCCUUUACCACGCCCUCGAGGAUCAUUAUGGAGAAGUCAAACCUUUAAAACUGGCGUUCCGCAUCGGAAGCAGCAAAUGCAGCAUUUGCAUGAGAGUUUUGUGGAGUUUUGAACACUUUCAGCACCACGUUGAACAACACAGACUCAGUCCUCGCUAUCCUUGCCCGCAUCAGGGUUGCCCUGCUAGGUUCAAAACAGGAAUGGAUAUGAGACGCCACGCCAGGAAGCACAACCCACUGCAGGCAACAUGCUGCCUCCCUGGAUGUUCAAAACUAUUUAUUUGUCUCUGGGCUUUAAACCUGCACGAACGAGAGCACUAUACAGCCAGUCCCACAAAAGUAGACAAGAAAAUAAAUAAGCAAACCGGUGACAGACUUGAGAAGAAACAAUCUGAACAUAUCACAAAAGAAGGGAUGUCUCCUACCACAUCAAAGAAGAAAAAUGAGCAAACUGCUAUCAGACAAAAGAACAAACAGUCGGAGCAUAUCCAAAAAGUCUCAAAGUCUACUGCCAUUUUAAAGAAGACGAAUGAGCAAACUCUUGACAGACAACAGAAGAAACAGUCAGAACCUAUUCCAAAAGAGACAAUAAAGAAAACCACCACAUUAAAGAAGACUGCAAGUGUGAAAGUUCUUCCUAAAUUAAGAAGGCGGAACAGACAUGGCAUGUCAACAAGAAAACAUGUCAACGCUCCUCCUCAGACCAGUCUCGGAUCGUCUUUGUCCAAACAGCAAACAAAAGAGAGAAGUGAGACCCAGGAGUCAACCAUCUUGAAGAAUCUCUCAAACAAGGAGACCCCUGAGCGUCCUUCCAGCCCGAGUCUGAGAUCAAGGCAAACGUUACAAAAAGUAUCAAACCUCCCAUCUUUUAAAAAUCAAAAGCCAAAAGUAGUUUCAUCUUCGUUCAAACGAAUUAUCAAAGUGAGGCAUCGGUUGAAGAAGAAGCAGGUCGAAGUCAUUGCAAAAAGAAGAGGCCGUCCUCCCAAGGUAAAUAAAGCUGUGCAUAAUGUGAACAAGACUACUGGUCCAAAUGGUGAAACAGUCAAAGGAAGAACUGCUCUGAAACAAAAGCCUAAAAAAGCAGCUCAAUCCUUAAAUGAGGGCAAAGACUUAAAGAAAGAAGAGAGCCAGCAGGUAGACAAACAAAAGAGUGUUGAUAAGCCUAGAAUUGCAGCAAAAUCCUUGAGUGAGAGCAAAGGCUUGAAGAAAGAAGAGGGUCCGCAGAUAGACAGAGCUACAGAAAAAUCGAUAGAGAAAUCGAAGCCCAUGAGGUCAAGCAGGAUGUGUGUUAAAACAAACCAAGUAGAAGAAAUGACAAUAGAGCAUAAAACCAGCCCGGCUCUUUCUGUUGCCUCCCCUUCAGCAAGCAAAGCACGGUCCAUCAUUGAGAAACUAAAGAAGUUGCAUGAAGCAGCUAAACGCUCCAGUUUGAAUCAGAAUCGUAGCCAAACUGCAUCUUCAGACUCUCCCACACCCAAGAAGCAGGAGGAUAAUGUUACUGAAGCCCAAACAGAGAGUUUAGAGAAAGUAAGUCUGCAAAAAGAGGCAGAUUCUGCUCCAGAAAAGCCUGCUGAAUCUGAAUCAGUCAUCCCACUAGUUGAGGCUGAAGUAGCAGUGGAAAGCACCGUUACGGAGGAGGUUAAGAAGAAUGUAGAAGAGGCAGGAUCGAGACAGAACAGCUCCGACAACUCUGCUCCUGCUGUCCAAGCUAACAGUUCAACAGAAACAACAGAGCCGCCAACAACAUCAGGAGAGAAAACCCAGGAAGUAACAGCAGAAAAGUCAAAGAAAUUGUUCAGAGUUAGAGAGAAAAGAAAGGUAGAAAAGAAAACCUUUGCUGCCUCUUCAGCUUCUAUCAAAACAAAUAAGAAGCAAAAAGUUGCUCACAACACAAGGGACAAGAAAGUGAUCAAGAAAAGGCAACUGAGUAAAGAUGGUAGCAAAAAACCAGCUAAGAAGAAAACAAAAGCUGAACAAACGCAAGAGAUGAAAGUAGAAGGGAGAUUUACUGAGGCAGAAGGAAAAUCAAAAGAAGAGAAUGUAAUCCUUGACGGUUCCUCCGUCCCUGCAGCGACAGCUAGCAGCUCAAAUGAACUGACUGGUGCUACUGAAGAGAAAAUACAGAAGACUACAAAUAAAGAAAAAUCAAAAAAGCCUCGUGUUUUGAAAAAUUCAGACCCAAACAAAGUAAAGAAGUGUAAAAUUAACAAGGGUGACGCAAAGAUUGUCAAGAAAAAACUCAAAGAUCCAUCAGAACCUAAGAAGCCGAGAAAGACGAAGAUUAAAGUCCAAUCAGUCAUGGAGAACACAGAGGAACGGGAGAGUUUUCUGGAAGUACAAACUUCAGCAGAAACGCUUGAACACACUGUGAGAAUGCCUGGAUACUCACGGAUGACCAAUGGACAAGAGGCGCGUGAGGUUGCCAGAGCCCAGCAGUUCAAGCAGACGCUCGCAGAGUACGGUAAAAAGCCGUACCUGCGUGCUCCACCAGAAGCCUACCUGGAUGAGAAGUACAUCACUAUGCCAAAACGGAGGAAGGAGAUGUCUCCACCGUCUCAGAAGAACUUCUUUCCAGAGCAGGUGAAGGUUGCGGUGACUCCACAGAGGCAUCGAUGCACGAACUGUUUUGCUACGUUCAACAGUGCUGAGGAGCUGGAGAGUCAUGUCAAGAUGCAGAGGUGCUCUAAUCUGUUUGGAUUUGACUCUGACGAUGAGGGCAACAGUUGAACAUCUUUUUUGAAGUCAAACUGGAUUGACAUUUUAGAUUGGCUUAAUAAUAACAGACAUGUCUUUGGAUCACACAUGUCUCCUGGAUGGAUCAUACCUCAGCAGAUCUGGAUUAUCGUCUAAUAUCUAACUGGACGUUAACUACGAGAACUGAAAGGGUUACCUGACUGUCGCCGCAGCAUGUGCCUGUAACAGGAGGCCUGUGGGGGGAAAGCAUCCAGAACACAAGCAAACCGAUCGACAAACUGAACCGAACCGCAGUCAGACUGUUGGCAGAACAGUUCGUACUGAAGUGCCUGCUCUGGAAACGCUGCGGCGUUUCCAGCUACUUCACCGAGGAUGGAGAUUGUGGCUUCGAGACUGGACUUUUGAAAGCUGUGAAAAAAAAAAAAAAAAAAGACACGCUGAGGCUGCUCCUGCUUUCACUAGGAUACAUAAUUUCACAUCAGUAAGCCAUAUAACGCCAUUGUUUGCUUUUUGCACUGUUUUCUCAUAAGUUUUCUUUCUGCUGAAAAUAACGGACUGUAUGAUGAAUGAAGCAUCUAAAAUCAGGCUGUUUAGCUUUCUAAGGUUACAUAAAAUUAAGUCUAAACUUUGAGAAGUUGUAAAAUUGCUGUAUCAAAGUCUUCUUUGGGAAGUUUUAUGUAUAAUUCUUGUUUAAUACUAACUGUGUCUCUUCUACAGAUCUCCCUAUGAGGUUGAUUAGGUCUGUUCUUGUCACUAUCAUGAGUAACCAGUAGGGGUCAGUGAUCGCCAAUCUUUCUUAUGGCAGUUCUUUGUUUCUUUUGCAGAACAUAAGAAAUCCUAUUUCCUUCUUUUCUACAGGAAGUUUUUAAAUUUAAAACUGCUCCACUGUAUUUUUCAUGCAGAUCCUUCCACUUUCAUACAUCCAAAUGUAUUUCUUUUAGCAAUAACAGCCACAAAACGUGCCAGUUUCCUUCAUGUAAAGUUUUUUUUUUGGGUUAUUCAGUCACUGUCCGUGGAGCAGCCGUCUUGUAUUACUUUUAAUCUGUUUUAUCUUGAAAGAUUAUGAAAACAUUGUAAUUUUCUCUUCUAGUGUGAAUGUUUUCCCUUAUUCCUCCGAAGUAUCAAGUUCUAAACAAGUGUUACGGGAAACACGGCACCAGUUUUUCAUGAGCAGCAAACAGCAGGUUAUAUUUAUUUAUGUUUUAUUUUCUAUCUUUUGUAAAUAUUUGAAGAGUUACAACUGCUUAUUAUAUAAAAAGGGGGUGUUGGAGGUGGGGUUUAUAUUUUGUUCUUGAUGAUAAAAUAAAACAUUUCAAAUGG